UAGCUACGUAUCAUGCAUCCUAUCGACCUCGCUUUCCCUAUCGCUCCUUCCCGACGAUAACAAAACGGACAGCGGUCGGCUUGAAGCAUAAGAUUGCAUCUGAAUGCCUACUUCACUACUGGCUGUAAGUAGAGGUCGCUUACUGCUGGAUUUCGAGGCAUCGCAUUUUUGAGACUUGGCACUCCGGCACGAUGUCUCCCAUGAAUGAUAUUGGUUCCGGUCCAAGCAGUCGUCCCUAUACAGUACCCGCGGACCAGAAACAAGAAACAAUUUCAAGGUUGCGUACGGAGACUCCUCGCCCCUGUCCCCCAGAUGGACUAUCACCAUUACGAAUGAUACGAAAACUCUCUUGCGGAGGAGUGUCGAUCCCAGGUUGUCCCAGGUUGUCCCAGGUUGGAAGUUUCACAGUUUCAGUCUCGCCUGCCUGCCUGCCUGUCUGCCUCCUUCCAUUCUGUUUGGAGGAAUCCACUCAGCCUGUUCCGUGGAACCUCAAUUUGGCUGGAGGGAAAGGGAAAGAUAAAGAUACGGUCUUAUCAAAGUUGGUUUCUCUGAGCUCAUCAUUGCUUGGGAACGAUUGGCUGGGAGGGAACGAUAAGGUGCUGCACGCCACCCAAGCCGGGCUGGGGCUCCGCUACCGCCGGAAACAGUCUAGCCCAAGCGUCAAGCGGCUCCAUCGUGCUGAUAACAAGAAGCUUGGCCAAUGGAAGCCCCUCUGUUUGUGGGUCAAAACUUCCUCUGCGAAGGAUAGACUACCCUAAAUCACCCGCAGGCAGUCAGCCUGGCUAUCCGUCUAGUAGCUAAG